GGUAUUCAAAGCCUGAUACCGCACAGAUAUUUGCGUUUAACGGUGAUUCCUAUUUGCUUACAAAUGUCCCAGUUUUUCUAAAAUUGAUCAAAUUUUUGUAUUUUUUAUUUCUGUAAACAUGUUCAUUGUCUGUUCUAUUUUACGAGUAAACACAAUACAAUGUUGAGUCAAGUCGAAGAAAAUUCACUCUUCGGUUACACAUAUCCUUGCCGCUUGCGAGGUGAUUCGUCGCAACUUAGAUUGGAUCGGUGUAUUGAAAUACGCUCCUUCCUCUCCCGAGCUCAAGUCGGCGACUUGUGCCCAGAUGCCAGUAUUGCGCAUGACAUCGCGCCGCACGGAUCCAGCCGGUAUUUUUUGAAGAUCCGUCACUCUCCAUACGGUUUCCGAUCUUUUUUUCUUUCAUUUCUCCAAUUCUUUUCCUUUUUCUUAUUUGACAUAUCAUACUGUAUCUCCGAAACAGUUUUCCUGAUUACACUUCGAACUUUUACCUCAAGAUUUAAAACGAGAGACGGAAGUAUUACUUAUAAUUACUGCUCAGGUAUCUUCCGUUUCAAUCGACUCACCUGGCAUUUUAUGACUGCUAUUUUUGGGAAACGAUGUCUUAUUGUUGGCAACAAAACGCUUCGUGAAUAGAACAGUGACGUGCGGCGAAGAUAUGCACAAUACAGAUUGAACGUUUCACGUUUACGAAUAAUUCAACGACGUCAAUUCAAGUUCAAGAAAGGAACAAAUCAAAAUGAUAACGCCCAAGAGCUUCUUCAGGAGGAUCAGCAAGGAUUUCAAAUCAAAAGAGCUGAUGCCGCUGAAAUUAAUAUUUUUCGUUAAAGCUUCCACACUUUACGUGUUGUAUCCGUACUUGACCAUACACAUGAGAGAACUGGGAAUAAACGUGGAAGAGACGGCGAUAAUGAGUGCCGUCACUCCUGUCGUGGCCAUGGUGAUGCCGCCGCUUGCCGGUAUGGUAGCCGACCGGAUAGGAAAUUUCAGAAUUUUGAUGUCGGUGUUUUCCGCGAUUGGAGGCUUAGCGGCGUUAUUACUAUUACUGGUGCCCAUCGGCAGAGUGACAGUACAUUUCCCCGAGAGGGUAAUCAUGGACCUCGGUUGCGAAGGUAGAAACGGAUCGCUACUACACACAAUGAGCCAGACUUAUCCGUGUGAGACGAAAUUAGAAUCGGAGAUCGCUAUAAAAGUAGAAAGUUGCGGAUUCGUGUGUCACGUAGAAACGAGCAACGAGACGGAUCAAAGUCAGAUUCUGAAAUCGAGGCUUUAUACGGUCCGACAUCUCAAUUUUCAGACCGGCGUUAAUACCUCGCACAAAUAUAUCGUUGCGCAGAGCGACUUGUCAACGAGUUUUAAGCAGGAAGAUAUGAAGGAACAUCGACAGUUAAAAAAUAAUGAAUUUUAUAAGACUACCAUUCGACAGGUUUCGAAAACGCACUAUUUUUUCCCAACGGACCAAAUGGACUCGUAUUUCUCAUGUAUGUCCCCGUCGGGGCAUGUCCAAGAUACUGAUAGCUUUACUGCCGAAAUAACGCAUAGAAUGUACAAAAAUUAUACGACAUGCGCGUUUGGUAGUUUAAUGAAAUCGAAGGAUAACGUCAACCGUACGAUAAAUUAUCAUUUGUACAAAUCGAAAAUAAAAAGUUUGAAACCGGAUGAAGAUGAUUUACGAGAGGAACGGCAAAGAUAUUUGACGAAGGAAAUAUCCUGGGCAGGAGAAGAUUUUCAAAAACCCAUUUGCGAUGAUCCAGAUUCUAUAAAUAAUCAAAUUACGAUACAAGUGCGGCUCUAUGAUCACGAAGCGAAUCUAGAAGCAACCAAGCGAGUCCUGAGCACAAACGAGUGCAGGAAGAAAUGCAUAGUUACUUUACCUCGUAACGCAGUGUGCUCUAACAUGAAUAUGGAAAUCGAAUAUAACAUAAAGCUAACGUUCUGGCUCUAUCUCGUCGUUCGAGUAUUCAUAGGUAUUAUUGGCAGUACAUCUUUUGCCAUGUUUGAAGGCGCUGUUAUAGCGAUAUUGCGAGAGCAGGAGGCAGAUUACGGUCUUCAAAGAAUUUAUGGCAGUAUAGGAGGCAUGAUUUCCUCACCUUUAUCAGGUUUUCUCAUAGAUUACGCUAGCAAGGGUAAAGGAUAUACGGAUUUUAGACCAGCAUUUUACCUCUACGCAGCAUUGAAGCUUAUAUCAGGUAUUCUUAUAUUGAUGAUCAACUUGGAAUUCAAGGUACCUGCUAGGAACGUUGUGCGCGAUGUCUUUACCGUUCUGAGAAACCUCGAAACUGCGGUACUCUUCCUUGCUUGCUUCGUGCUCGGAACCGCCUGGGGGUACAUCGAGUCGUUUCUCUUUUGGCUAAUCCAGGACCUGGGUGGAUCUAGAUCGCUUAUGGGUAUCACGGUGGCGGUAGGCGGUAUCGCCGGUAUACCGUUGUUGGCACUCUCGGGGCCGAUAAUAUCAAAGAUUGGUCACGCGAACGUGCUUUUCAUAGGUUUCGUGUUUUACGCCAUCAGGCUUUGCGGCUAUUCUUUGAUUUACGAUCCUUGGCUUACUUUAAUCUUCGAGGCAUUAGAGUCGGUUACAACAUCUCUCAGCUUCACCGCGGCCGUCACUUAUGCGGCAAAAUUAUCAACCACGUCUACCGACAGCUCGAUACAAGGAUUGCUCGGUGGCGUUUAUUACGGAGUUGGCAAAGGCUCUGGGAGUUUGAUCGGUGGUUACCUGAUGAAAGCUUUUGGUACCAGACCGACCUAUCAGAUUUUCGCUGUGGUAACUUUACUGACCGGCAUAGUAUAUUUCAUAUUCAACGCAACUUAUCUAAAGAAGCGAUUUCAGCUCGAAGGUAACGAUAUCGUCAAGAAAAAGCCGAAAAAUAUUAACAAAGGAGAUAGCCCCGAGAAGCACACGAACGAUAUUAGUCUCGACGAAAAGUCGCAAGGUGAACGAAUUGAUGACAAGAGCAACGCGACGGAAAACGAUAAUAAAGGAUUUCAGAAAGAAGAAUCACAAAACAACGAAAAAGUGGAUGAAUUGAAGUCAACUGAGAUCGAAGCUAUUAGAAAUGCUAAAAAUAUUGACGAAAUUGAACAAAAUUCAAUUAGAAAAUCUGAGGACAAAUCAGAAACAAAAGCUGUGAUUCAAACAAAGGCUAAGGAAAGCGAUACGCAGGAAAGCUGUUUUAUUAAUCCGAAUUUUGAGACUGACAAUUUAAAUCAAAGUAAAGUCACGGUGGAAAACGAGCGAAGCAUAUCGCAAAAUGCCAAGCAUAUCGAUUGAGUUUGCAGGUGAAUUCCUGAGAAUUUCUGGUUUAACGAUAGUCAGGUAAGGAACUGAAUGUAAUAACAGCGUAAGCAGUUUUACAUAGCUCCGAAAGAAAAAAAUAAAUUUUAAACUUAAAAUCUGAAUUAUCUGAAAGAACUAAAAUAAAAAAAUUUAUUUGCUGUAAUCUAUUUAAGUUUCUAUUGAAUUGAAGAAAGAUCUGAAAUAAUAUCCAGCAUUUUUAGAAAUCGCGUUAACAGUAGUUUCAGUGAUAUGUAAAUCACACAGGAUAAUCUACAAUACAGACAAAUUUCCGUAAUCCCAAUAUACCAUGCUCAAACAAUCUUCCUAUUAUUAAUAUUUCCUUUUAGUCUCUGUUUCUUUCAAUGGCACAUGUAUAGAAAAAUCCUAUGAUAUUAAUUGCGGAAUAUAUAUAUAUACAGACUUAAUACCUUCUUUUUUUGAUUCGUUUUCUCAUUCUGCAUGUAAUCGCUUACGAGCGCACAGUUGUGUAGAAAAUAUAAAACUCCCAGUAUGGGAGCAAAGGAAAAGACAUGCAUAGUUGUAUCAAAAACAGAAUUAUGUUAAAAAUACGGAAGUCGACGAUUCUGUACAUUGAGAGAUCAUGUGUAUGCAAUAAAUUAUUGAUAAAAAUGUUUUAUAUUUGUAGUACUGUAAAUAUAUCAUUUCCUGUUUAACGUUGCAUGUAUUAUAUUUUUGCAUUGUUAUAAAUGUUGACUAGAAAUUUACUGUAUGUUAGAAAAAUAAAGAAAAACGUUGAAAUGUAAA